AUGAGAGGCAUAGUGGGACUAUUGCACUACGUGGGACUUUACCUUCAACUUAAUGCAGCUCUCACUAUAGAACAUGGUGAGCUGGAUAAUUAUUUACAUGGAAAUGCUCUCUUCACAGAGGUGCCCCACGACGUCACGACAAAGAGCGGCAAGGAUGUAGAGAUGGCGUGCUCCUUCCGCGGCGCAGGUUCUCCUUCUUCGCUGGAGAUUCAAUGGUGGUACAACAAGGAACACAGAGACUGGCCCAAGAAGCCUGCACAUAUCACAAAUGAUGUUGUUCCUCAGCAAGAGCCCUUGAAAGACGCCACUAAAAUUAGUGUCGUGAAAGUAGCAGGCAGCAACAUUUCACACAAACUUCGGCUGUCCAGUGUCAAGCCGUCAGACGAGGGCACCUACGAGUGUCGUGUCAUCGACUUCAGCGGCUCUGUGGUGCAGCGCCAUCACGUUUGGGCCUACCUCCAUGUGGAGUCUAAUCAAAGCACAGAUGUCCACGGGUCAGGGCGUCAGUCAGACCAGAUCAACAACCAGCACAGGAGUGAGAACGAUGAAAAGAGGAUGAGGUCGCAUCCCUCCUGA